GGCACUGUGCAGGAUGCGGGGCAAGGAUGAGGAGUACGACUUCCUCUUCAAGGUGGUGCUCAUUGGGGACUCCGGCGUGGGGAAGAGCAACCUGCUGUCCCGCUUCACCCGCAACGAGUUCAACCUGGAGAGCAAGAGCACCAUCGGGGUGGAGUUCGCCACCCGGAGCAUCCAGGUGGACAACAAGACGGUGAAGGCGCAGAUCUGGGACACGGCCGGGCAGGAGCGGUACCGCGCCAUCACCUCCGCGUACUACCGCGGGGCGGUGGGAGCGCUGCUGGUGUACGACAUCGCCAAGUAUCUGACGUAUGAGAACGCCGAGCGCUGGCUGGCGGAGCUGCAGGACCACGCCGACGCCAACAUCGUCAUCAUGCUGGUGGGCAAUAAGAGCGACCUGCGGCACCUGCGCGCCGUGCCCACCGACGAGGCCCGGAGCUUUGCAGAGAGGAAUGGGCUCUCCUUCCUCGAGACGUCGGCUCUGGACUCCACCAACGUGGAGACGGCGUUCCACAACAUCCUCUCCGAGAUCUAUCGCAGCGCGGCACAGCGGCAGAUCGCGGCGCAGCCCGAGGCGCAGUUCGGCCCCAGCAGUGCCGUGGAGCCCAUCCGGGUGCUGCCCACGCAGGACGGCCGCCAGGCACAGUGCUGUCAGAGCAUCUGAGCCUCUGCUCGGAGGCAGCGCCUUCCUCACCAACACCGCUGAGAGACACUGCUGUGUGCUGCCUUCCUCCCCGUGCUUAUGUAGGACCUACAGCAAAGGAAGGGGGGAGCAUCCCUGGUCUGUCCCCCUGUUUAUGUAGGACCUACAGCAAGGGAAGGGAGAAGCAUCCCUAUUUUGUAUCUGUAUUUAUGUAGGGCCUACACAAAAGGAGGGGAGAAGUAUCCCUGGUCUGUCCCUGUGUUUAUGUAGGACCUACAGCAAGGGAAGGGAAAAACAUCCCUAUUCUGUACUCGUAUUUAUGUAGGACCUACACAAAAGGAGGGGAGAAGUAUCCCUGGUCUGUCCCUGUGUUUAUGUAGGACCUACAGCAAGGGAAGGGAGAAGCAUCCCUAUUCUGUACUCGUAUUUAUGUAGGACCUACACAAAAGGAGGGGAGAAGUAUCCCUGGUCUGUCCCUGUGUUUAUGUAGGACCUACAGCAAGGGAAGGGAGAAGCAUCCCUAUUCUGUACUCGUAUUUAUGUAGGACCUACACAAAAGGAGGGGAGAAGUAUCCCUGGUCUGUCCCUGUGUUUAUGUAGGACCUACAGCAAGGGAAGGGAAAAGCAUCCCUAUUUUUUAUCCGUAAUUAUGUAGGGCCUACACGAAAGAGAACAGAAAAGCAUCUCCUCCUCAUCCCUGCAUUUAUGUAGGACCUACACAAAAGGAAAGGGGGAAACAUCCCUAUGUUAUCCCUGUGUUUAUGUAGGACCUACACCCUCCUGCUGGGUUUGGGCCCCCAUGUCACCCCCCAUGUCACCCCCCAUGUCCCCCAUCCUUCGGCCACAGUCGUAGCAGUUCCAGCAGUCCCUACAAGGGGAAGAGCCGCACCGCCUGCUGGGUAUCAUCCCCACCAGGGGGGCUGCAGGGGGGCAGGAGGGUCCCCGGGAGCACAUCUCCAUCGUGGGGUGUGGGUGGGGGGGGUUGGGAGGUCCCUCUGUCCUCACCCCCGCGGGUUGGGUGUCACCUGGGGACACGGCUCAUGGGUGAAGUGGGAAUGAGGGACAAAGCCCAGCGUGAAGUCGGCAUGGGGGUUCUUGCUGGUCGUUAUGGUCCUGGAGACUCACUCCUGCUGGUCGUUACGGUCCUGGUCAGUCCGGUCCUGGAAGCUCCUGCUGGUCAUUACGGUCCUGGUCAUUAUGGCCCUGGAGGCUCUUUCAGGUCGUCAUGGUCUUGGGGGAUCCUGCUGGUCGUUACAAUCCUGAAGGUUCCUGCUGGUCAUUAUGGUCCCAGACAUCCCUACAGGUCAUUACAAUCCUGGUGACUCCUGCUGGUCAUUAUGGUCCCAGACAUCCCUACAGGUCAUUACAAUCCUGGUGACUCCUGCUGGUCAUUAUCGUCCUGGACAUCCCUUCAGGUCAUUACAAUCCUGGUGACUCCUGCUGGUCAUUAUGGUCCCGGACAUCCCUUCAGGUCAUUACAGUCCUGGUGACUCCUGCUGGUCAUUACAGUCCUGCUCAUUGUGGUUCUGGAGACUCCUAGCUGUUACAGUCCUGGUGACUCCUGCUGGUCAUUAUGGUCCCGGCAACUCCUGCCAGCCGUUAUGGUCCCGGUCGUUAUGGCUAUGGAGACACCCGCCGGUCGUUACGGUCCUGGUUGUUACUGUUAUGGACCCUCCUGCUGGUCGUUAUGGUCCUGGAGGUUCCUCCUGCUGGUCAUGGGUUCUGGAGGCUCGUUCUGGUCAUUACGGUCCUCGUUUGAGCACCACAUCAGCUCUGUGCCCACACGGGAGCAGGGCAUGAGGAGGAGGAGGGUGGGAGGAAGAGCAGAGCAGCGCGGCUGUGGCCCCCGGGGCAGGAAGCAGCCAGAACCCCCCCCAAAAAACAGACAGACAGACGAGAGCAGACGCCGACUUUCUUAAGUAAUAAUACUUUAAUAAAAUUAAGUUCUUAAUGUAA